GCGGUGGAUCUGCAACAUCACAGAAGCACAAGAACUUUGUUUCAGGGCCCAUGGGGGACAAGUCAGUAACAGAACUGGCUGGUAUUGGGGGCGCACUUGGAAGAAGGCUGGCAGACAAGGGAUUUGACAAGGCAUAUGUAGUUCUGGGUCAGUUCCUGUUGCUAAAGAAGGAUGAGGAGAUGUUCAAGGAGUGGUUGAAGGACACGGUCUUUGCCAACGAAAGGGAGGCCCAUGGCUGCUUCUACUGCCUUAAAGAGUGGUGUGACGCCUUCUUGUGAUCGGCAACAUGUCUAAACAGUCCUUUAGUAAAACAUGAUGUACAUACUCAUUAGGGUGCCUUUCAUAUGGGCAUUAUUAAUAUUGAAUAUGUAUCUUAUCAUAUCUAGAUGUAUCAGGCUGUAACCUAAAUACCGAAUUUGCCACUGUUGUAUAAGUGUCCAUCCAAAAGUAAAUGGAUGA